CAGCACUUGAGCGCAUUCCUUGACAUGGAGGUUGGUGUACCUCCCCAAGGGAUCUGAUGAAGACUGUUCCUUACAAGUUUAACACGUUCACAGAAACUUUUUUUGAGAGCGCGCACACUCGGAAAACUACAAAGUCUGGAGUUAUAUCGGCGAACUGCUCCGCUUGGAUCAAAACUGAAGAGCGACUGCGCACCUAACUUCACUUCUUCAGAGUUCAGGGUGAAGAAGAACUGAAAGCAAGAAAAGUGGAGCAGAAGUAGAGGAGGAAACACCUCCACUGGGCUGAGAGAGAAAGAGUCUGCACCAUGGAAGUCUUUCUCGAGCUGCUGAUGCCGUUUCUGCUCCUCUUCAUCCCUCCUGAUGGCAUCUGGUGCAGCGACUGCCCAAAGGAUUGUGCCUGCUCCUCGCCAGAAUCCAUCUUAUGUUUCCAAAGGCGCUCCGCUACCAUUCCCAAAGGAGUGCCGCCAUCCACAAAAAGCCUCUACCUAUUUGCCAAUGGCAUUGAAGGUUUAACAGCGGAGGACUUUGAUGGUCUGGAGAACAUGGAAAUGCUGGACCUCAGUCAAAACAAGUUGACUAAGCUCCAAGAUAGGGUGUUUGAACCUUUGACCUCUUUGAAAAACCUGGACUUGUCAUCCAACCAGAUAACCCACAUUUCAGAAGAAUGCUUUCAGGGUCUGGUACUGCUUGAGCGUCUUUAUUUGUAUAGUAAUAUUAUAAAAAACAUCCACCCUGCAGCCUUUAAUGGCCUGGAGCACCUGCUGGAACUCAAACUGCAGGGCAACCAGUUGACAUCCCUGCCAGCUCUCUCAAUGCCCCAGCUCCUGCUACUUGACCUUCGGUUUAAUGUCUUACCCACCUUGGGUCCUUCAGACCUUCAGACCCCAAACCUGGAGUCACUGAAAUUGGGUGGGGUGGGGCUCACCAGCCUGAAUAAGGAGCUCAUAAGUAGUCUGAAGAACCUCCACGAACUGGACAUCUCAGGUAACCAACUUGAGUCCUUCCCCUCAGUGCUAAAAGAGAUUCAGGGGCUGAAUUACCUCCGCCUGGCUGGGAACCCGAUGGGCCCUCUUAAGGUUCAGGACCUCCAGAACCUUGGGGAGCUGCAGGAGUUGGACAUUAGUAGUCUCAGUCUGCAAGGCCUUCCUGAAGAAUUUGCCAACCUCUUCCCCCACCUAAGAAAACUCACAGUAGCAGAGAACCCCUUCAACUGCCUCUGCACCUUAGCAUGGUUUCCAAGAUGGCUGAGAACUCAGAGCAUCGACCUAGAGAGAACAGAGGAUACCCGUUGCCAUUUCCCACCUGUCAGUGCUGGAAAGGUAUUGGAAAGACUAGAGUACAGGGAUUUUGGCUGUCCUAUUACAACUACAGUGACCACCAGUACUGUCAAAACUACUAUGACCCUGCCUGCUUCUGUCACUACCUUAUCAAGUACUACUAGAGCUAUUCCAAUCCCCAGACCCAGUGACAACCCUACAGACAAAGAUGACUCUCCCCUGCCCCCUGUCCCUGCAUCCCCCAGUAGCAGCAGCAUGGACCCAGAUGAGGAGCAGCGUUUAUGUCCCUCGCACACCUGUCUGCAUGGUGGCACUUGUCAUUUGGGCCAGCAUGGUCAGGUUGAGUGUACCUGUCCACAUGGCACUUCUGGCAGGUAUUGUGAAAUCCAAAGCCAGCCUUCACCACCUGAUGCUGAAAUCCCCAUAGCAACCGUUUCUGCAGAUGUGCCAGACAUCAGCUCACAUGAAGCAACUUCAACUUCAAUCCUGCUGGACCUCCAUCGCUACAUUGAAUUGCGGCCUUACAUCCGUGGAAUCCGCCUAACCUACCGCAAUCUCUCUGGACCAGACCGCAGGCCAAUUCAACUCAGCCUGCCAGCAUCCUUCCCAGAGUAUCGCCUCAGAGGCCUGAAGCCCAACUCCACCUACACUGUGUGUGCCAGUCCACUUGGUGCCCCUAGCGGUGUGGACAGUGUCUGCACUGAGGCCCAUACAGCACCUGAAAGCACUGGUGGUCCUGAUGCACGGGUCACAGACCCAAGGCUGACCACUAUGCUGGUGCCGUCUGUUGCCAUUUUGCUUCUGCUGGCACUGAUAGCAACAGCAGUGGGAGUGGUAUGCUAUCUUCGCAGGAAGAGAGCUAAAGGCCACCUGGACCUAGACCGUGAGCUCCCCGAGCUAGAGUUGGACAAAGUUAAGGAUGGCUUGGACAAUGGGGCACUGCCUCAAAAACAGCCCCAACUUAUGAUCCCUGAACCUGCUGUUCACAGUGGCAAUCUGGAAUAUGAAGUGUUGCUACUGCAGGAUCACUGUACAUCAAAUAACAAUAUGUCCUUACACAAGCCUUCCUACUUUUGACAAUUGGAUUUGACUAAAGGAAGACUUAAGCUGUGUUUUGACUCUGUUUUGGUGAAAUACAGAGAUCAGUGAAGUGGAGGACACACUAUCAGCCAGUCAACUAGCAAAGUUGAAACUGGACAAAUAUUUAACUCAAUGCUCUCUGGUUGUCUAAGCAGACAAACAAGUUCAAAAAUGUUUGUUUGGACUUUUAAAACCAUUGAAAGUGCCUCUGCUCCAUUUACAUGC